GCGUGAACAGCUGUGAACAGAGAGCCGAUCUGGGCAGGACGCCGGCGGCUUCGAACGCAUUACUUCGCAUUGUCAGAUUGUGCUAAAUAAAAUAAAACGGCGAAUCGAAUUUAAGAGGAUUCCAUCUUAAUCUUAGAGAUUCGUUGAAUUUCUCGGACUUUUUAUUCCUGUUGAAUCAGUAGGUCCUCUGUCCGAGAACGAGAGAGGGAGCAGACAUGGAGGUGGAAUUGAAAGAGAUGUGGAACGAUCUUGAAUCUCUGAAGCAGUCGCUUACCGAUCCGGCUCUACGGGGCCCGGUUGAUAAGCUUCAAUUGCAUUUAGAGCGUCUCACAAAUCUUUCAAAGGCAGGACCUGUUCGGCGAUCAAAAGUUAAGGACAUGAGUGCUGAGGUGGUAGAUAGCAAUCCUUACAGUAGGCUUAUGGCUCUUCAGAGGAUGGGCAUCGUAGAAAACUAUGAAAGAAUACGGGGGUUUUCAGUUGCCAUUGUUGGCAUUGGAGGUGUUGGAAGCGUUGCAGCUGAGAUGUUGACAAGGUGUGGGAUAGGUCGCUUGUUGUUAUAUGAUUAUGAUAAAGUGGAGUUAGCUAAUAUGAAUAGACUCUUCUUUCGUCCAGAGCAGGUUGGUAUGACAAAAACUGAUGCAGCGGUACAGACCCUUGAAGAUAUAAACCCCGAUGUUGUACUUGAGAGCUAUACGCUGAACAUCACUACUGUGCAAGGUUUUGAAACUUUUAUGUCAAGUUUGAAAAACAAAUCAUUCUCCCCAACUAAAGAAGGCAGUGGAGUGGAUCUUGUCUUAAGUUGUGUAGAUAACUAUGAAGCAAGGAUGGCUGUUAAUCAGGCUUGUAAUGAGCUAAAUCAGACAUGGAUGGAAUCCGGUGUCUCGGAGGAUGCUGUUUCUGGUCAUAUUCAGUUGCUUAUUCCUGGUGAAACUGCCUGUUUUGCAUGUGCACCUCCUUUGGUUGUAGCAUCUGGCAUAGAUGAACGGACACUCAAACGUGAAGGGGUUUGUGCUGCAUCUUUACCUACAACAAUGGGAGUUGUUGCAGGCCUAUUAGUGCAAAACACUCUCAAGUUCCUGCUAAAGUUCGGACAUGUUUCUCCAUACUUGGGAUAUAAUUCUCUAAAAGACUACUUCCCAACCAUGGAAAUGAGGCCCAAUCCUCAGUGCUCAAAUGUGGCUUGUCUGGAAAGACAGAAGGAAUACAUUAUUGCAAAACCUGCACGAGAUGCUGCAGCUAAAGCAAAGAUGGAAGCAGAAAAAUUGACAGUUGUAGAAAUCCCACUGCAUGCUGAUAAUGAAUGGAACAUAAGUGUUGUCGAUGAACUCGAGACUGAAAACGUGGGUGCAACCAGUUCAGAUGCCCUUCCAGAAGGUCUUGUUCGCGAGCUUCCAAAUGCAGACGAGUCUCAUCAUCCACCUCCCGCAGAAUCUGCAGCCCCUUCCAUAGAUGACCUUGAAGAUUUGAAGAGACAACUCGAGGCCCUCAAUUCUUGAUCUCCAAAUGAUGGUCAGCUCUCGCUCUCCAUUUUCCUCCCCUCUGAGUUAUAGCGUAACACUGCACUGGGACUAGGGUGUUCAAUUCACUACUCCCCUCGAAAAAACAAAUGAAAAUGAAAAAAAGGGGAGAAAUCUACAGGAAAGGGUUACCGACUGCUAACGUUUUUACGCCAAAACAUCUGGACUUCAUUUUCUCUCUUAAAUUAUGCUGGUCAAUUUGUUACCUCAGUAAUUUGUCACUGAAAGCAUCAUCAGUUCGUCAAAACAAGCUAUUAUUACUUUUUGACCCGA